GGGGCGGAGCUUCCCUUUCCGAUGAGUCGGCUCUGAGGUGCAGUCAGCGCCAAGCGUUCCGGCUUGCUGUUGUGAGCCUGUCCGAGACUCGUCGCCCGCCUUGAGGAGUUGCUGCCUGCCGCUUUCCCUCGCCCUUUCCCCUGCCAGCGCCAUGGCCUCAGGAUCCGAUUCUAAAGCGGAUGACUUAUCGACUGCUAUUCUGAAGCAGAAGAACAGGCCCAAUCGGUUAAUUGUUGAUGAAGCCAUCAAUGAAGACAACAGUGUCGUGUCACUGUCCCAGGGAAAAAUGGAUGAAUUGCAGCUGUUCAGAGGAGACACUGUCCUGCUAAAAGGAAAGAAGAGGAGAGAAGCAGUCUGCAUUGUUCUGUCAGAUGAUACCUGCUCAGAUGAGAAGAUUCGCAUGAAUAGGGUUGUUCGCAACAACCUUAGAGUACGCCUGGGUGACGUGAUCAGCAUUCAGCCUUGCCCAGAUGUGAAAUAUGGCAAACGUAUCCAUGUGCUGCCAAUUGAUGACACGGUAGAAGGGAUCACAGGGAAUCUGUUUGAGGUCUAUCUCAAGCCAUACUUCCUGGAAGCAUACCGACCCAUCAGGAAAGGUGACAUCUUCUUGGUGCGUGGAGGGAUGCGUGCGGUGGAGUUCAAAGUGGUGGAGACAGAUCCAAGUCCAUACUGUAUAGUGGCUCCAGACACCGUGAUCCAUUGUGAAGGAGAGCCCAUCAAACGAGAGGAUGAAGAAGAGUCACUGAAUGAAGUGGGCUAUGAUGACAUUGGUGGCUGCCGGAAGCAGCUGGCUCAAAUAAAAGAGAUGGUGGAACUUCCCCUCCGACACCCUGCACUCUUUAAGGCCAUAGGGGUGAAGCCUCCACGUGGGAUCCUGCUGUAUGGUCCUCCUGGCACUGGUAAAACACUGAUUGCCCGAGCAGUGGCCAAUGAAACGGGGGCUUUCUUCUUCCUGAUCAAUGGUCCUGAGAUCAUGAGCAAGCUGGCUGGUGAGUCUGAGAGCAACCUGAGGAAAGCCUUUGAAGAAGCAGAGAAGAAUGCUCCUGCCAUCAUCUUCAUUGAUGAACUGGAUGCCAUCGCUCCUAAGAGAGAGAAGACACAUGGAGAGGUGGAACGUCGCAUAGUGUCUCAACUGUUGACUCUUAUGGAUGGACUGAAACAGAGAGCACACGUGAUUGUUAUGGCAGCUACCAACAGACCUAACAGCAUUGACCCAGCACUCAGGCGAUUUGGCCGUUUUGACAGAGAGGUAGAUAUUGGUAUCCCAGAUGCCACUGGGCGCCUGGAGAUCCUGCAGAUUCACACAAAAAAUAUGAAACUGGCUGAUGAUGUGGAUCUGGAACAGGUGGCAAAUGAGACCCAUGGCCAUGUUGGUGCUGACUUGGCUGCUCUUUGCUCAGAAGCUGCUCUUCAGGCUAUCAGAAAGAAGAUGGAUCUCAUAGACCUAGAAGAUGAAACCAUUGAUGCUGAAGUGAUGAACUCACUGGCUGUGACCAUGGAUGACUUUAGGUGGGCUUUGAGCCAGAGCAACCCUUCUGCUCUUCGGGAGACUGUGGUGGAGGUGCCACAAGUUACCUGGGAAGAUAUUGGUGGUCUAGAAGAUGUAAAGAGAGAACUCCAGGAACUUGUACAGUAUCCUGUGGAGCACCCAGACAAGUUCCUCAAAUUUGGCAUGACCCCAUCAAAAGGGGUUCUGUUCUACGGGCCACCUGGAUGUGGUAAGACAUUGCUGGCCAAAGCCAUUGCCAAUGAAUGCCAGGCAAACUUCAUUUCCAUCAAGGGGCCAGAAUUGCUCACCAUGUGGUUUGGCGAGUCUGAAGCUAACGUGCGUGAGAUCUUUGACAAGGCCCGCCAGGCCGCCCCUUGUGUGCUCUUCUUUGAUGAGCUGGACUCCAUUGCAAAGGCUCGAGGUGGGAAUAUUGGUGAUGGUGGUGGUGCUGCAGACCGUGUCAUCAACCAGAUCCUGACAGAGAUGGAUGGCAUGUCCACCAAGAAGAACGUCUUCAUCAUUGGUGCCACCAACAGGCCAGACAUAAUUGACCCAGCCAUCUUGCGCCCCGGCCGCCUGGAUCAGCUCAUCUACAUCCCCCUGCCUGAUGAGAAGUCCCGGGUUGCUAUUCUUAAGGCCAACCUGAGGAAAUCACCAGUUGCCAAGGAUGUUGACUUGGAUUUCCUAGCUAAAAUGACCAAUGGCUUUUCGGGGGCUGACCUGACAGAAAUUUGCCAGCGUGCCUGCAAACUGGCCAUCCGCGAGUCCAUCGAGAGCGAGAUCAGGCGAGAACGAGAGAGGCAGACCAACCCUUCUGCCAUGGAAGUGGAGGAGGAUGACCCAGUUCCUGAGAUACGCAAGGAUCACUUUGAGGAGGCCAUGCGCUUUGCUCGACGCUCUGUCAGUGACAAUGACAUCAGGAAAUAUGAGAUGUUUGCACAGACUCUACAGCAGAGCCGUGGCUUUGGCAGCUUCAGGUUCCCAUCAGGUAACCAGGGUGGCACAGGUCCGAGCCAAGGCACAGGAAGCAGCAGCGGGGGAAACGUGUACAGUGAAGACAAUGACGAUGAUCUCUACGGUUAACUUGCUGUCCUGUGUGGACCAAACUCCACAUCAGGCCACGUUGUAUGGGGAAAAAUCCAAUGUUCAGUGGACUCUCAGCUUCUUAAUUCCUCAGUCAGAACAGUGUAUCUGCACAUCAGACUGUACAGGGAAUGUUAUCUAGAUCAAUGUUCAGUUGAGAGGCAGACAGUGAAUUAACAAGGUGGGGAAGCGACUUAAUUUCUGAGAAAUUUCUGUUCUAGUUUAUGUGGCAGAAUCAGCAGCUUUAGCAAAGAGUACAACGCUAGCCUGUAUAAAAAAUAUCACACAAAAUAAUAAUAAUAAUAAUAAAAAAAUCCCACAAAACUCUAGCCAGGCCCUGGCAAUUCCUUGGUGUGGGACUGAUGCAGUGUAGCUUGUGCCAUCUCUGUAAACCCUGCGUCUCAUGCUAUCUCAGCACUCCUCUGUCUGGUGGAGUCCAUUUGUAUGUGUACUUCCCUGGUGCAUUUGAGGUUGCUUAUACCUGUUAGCCCAAGUUAACGGAAGAAAUUUGUUUCACAGUCCUUCUCCCCUGCCCUAAUUUGGCAGGAAGCACCAAGUAAGAGAGACUGGUAGCAGGUUCUCUCUUUCUUCUCCAAUGCUGGCCCUGAGCUGGUUGGUUUCUGCUGCCAACCUGCCCCUUUCUGUGCCUCAUACUCAAUAGUCAAGUUCUGAUCAUGGUUCUUAUCCUUCCUUUCCACUUACAAAUUGCUGCUUUGCUCCUUGGUUUAUUUUCCCUUCUCUGAACUGAAAAAUGUGCUACUGCUGUACUUCAGUGUUUUAUAUGAAAGAAGCCCUGGGUCUGAUCUGAUCAAGCACACAGGAGUGGUGUGGCAGGCUGGAUAUGGCCCAGCCCUGAACCAAAGGGGAGAGCCUGUUUGAGGCAAUGGCCAUAGGACAGAGUGACCACGUGCUAUUGGCUUUUAGGGGGGGUGCAGAGACUGAGGAUUUCUGCAGAGUGGCUUAAAUGUAGAUUGUGUAGCAGAAGGGUGCCCCAGGCCUUUGGGGCUGAGCCAUGCUGGAGAGGGCAACCUUUCCCAUGGCAGGAGCUGUGUGGGGCCUGGAUGGUAGGAAUUUCAGCCCGAAAGCCUGGUAGGUCUAGGAGGGCUUCAUCAACCUGGCUAGAUUUAAGGGUGGAGGAGACAAGCGAGGCAAGUCUCAUCUGAAAAUGGCAGAAGGAUGGGACUAUCCAUGAGAGGGGGGCUUGUGCAUAGCAAUAGGGAGAAAAACACUGAAAUUUGGAACUCUGUGUUUAAAUAGCACAACCCCCUGUUGUGGUAGGAGGCCAUGUAAGCCCCCUGAGGAGGGUGGGUAGCCCUUGCUCAGGUGCUCUGUCCUACUUCAGCACCACUCUUGCCCUGUCCUUACACCACCUUUGUUCUGUGCUGCAGAGAAAAUGCUGGCCAUCAUCUCCUCCUAUGCCAGCGGGGUUGAGGCUGGCCUGUCCCUCUUGUAAGACAGACUCCUGGGGGCCAGGAGAGCAGAGCAGGGAGAGCUGGCACUUCCCCUGCCUGACACCAGGCCUUUCUGGGGAUAACUAGCACCUGAAAACCUUUAUUCCAGGGCGACUUCCCUGCCUGCACUUCUCCCUGCUGCUCUGUGCUCAUCCAAGCAGGAUGGAUGAAUACUGGCUUUGCUUUCAUUGUGUCCUACAUGUUCAUCAGUGCAAUCCCAAGAGAGACAGCACCAGACAGUGAGGGAACCAGUUGCUUUCAGCCACCCAGCAAGGUUCUGCAUCAAGACUCUUCCAGGACUCUCCCAAAAGCCUUCCCCAGCUAUGGUAGUCAAUGGAUUUCUUCUUCCCUGCCAGUUUGGAACUGUGACCACCCAGCAAGCCCCUAGUAGAUCCAGCCUGGUGUCUCUGCAUGCUAUGGAGGCUGGGGCAAGCAGGGUAGGGGAUGGUAGGGGGUGCAUGUCCCAGCAGCCCAAAGCCUUCUUUGCCACUUCUCCUAAUUGCAUAUGUUAAUUAAAUCCUCCACAAAAGCUGGAAAUCCUAAUGUUUUUUCCCUGCCACCACUUGGGCAUGGUUCCUGCUGGGGAUAGCACCCAUGGGAGUGCUGAGAGCAUCCGCCCUGUGCUGAAGCUGUGUAAACCUGCUGGGGGACUGAGGGUAUCCCCCAAAUCAGUACCUGCAGCAGCUAGGAAAAUUGGCUGGCCUCUUCCCACCCCCAUGAACCUCCAGCCCCAGGAGAGCAGGCACCACCAAGGACUGGGUUUGGCCACAGCCCAUACCUUUUUCCAGGGGCCACCUCCCACAGCAGAGCGCCCUGGUAGCUGCAUGAGCAAGAGCCUUCCCACAGCAUACUCCUCCCUUGCUCAGCGCCUUGCUGGGAGAACUGGGCAGCCCCAAAGGUGCUGGCAGGUGGAAGGUGCUGUCAACUGGGGCUUGCCCUGGAUGGAGUGAAAUUAAUGAGGUGAGCAACUGAGGGCAGCCCUUUAAUCGUUGCCAUGGUCAGGAUCUCCUUGUGCCCUCCUGGGGUUCCCUGUGUGGCCCAGAGCCAUGUUGCCCCAGCCCUAAAGCCAGGUAUCACAAAGGACCAUACACAGCCCAGCCAUGGUGCAUGCAGGGUGGGGGGACCUCUAACACUAAGGCUGGUCUUUGACCCAAGAGAUUUCGGCCCUGCAGCAUCCCAAAACUCUCCGGGCUCAGCAGGGCACUCUGGCCAGCAGAGGGCAGGCAGUGGAUACAUUCAGUAUGUCCCCUAUUCCAGUCUAGGCCGUCCUAUGGAUCUAAAAACAAAAAGGUUUGUUAGUUGGUGGGACCGUAGCUGUUAUUUUGUUAAUCACGUCCAUUGGGAUCUGGCAACGUCCAGUGUACAAAGCAGCAGAUCCGACAAGUGGAGCAAAGUGACCUUGGUCUUUCAUCUGAGCAUUGUCAGUUUACUAGCUGGAAAACUUGCUGCUAAUUUCAGCAAGCGUGCUGCUUAGAAAAGAGUUCACUGAAGAAAAAAAAAUAGUAAAAAGAAAAUUGGCUUCAUCCUGGCUCAAACCAGGACAGAGGCUGAGUGGGCCAAAAAAGGUAAGAAUUAUAAAUAUUGUCCUGAUGGAAAUCAAAAGGUUUUUUAAAAAUCCAGCAUUUAAAAACAAAGCCAGAUUGCCUCAUGUGCCUCCAAGCUCCACCCUAACACCCAGAAAUAUUUCAUGAACGAAUUGUCCCCGUAGAAAGAUAUAUAUAUACAUACAUUUCUCUUCCUAGUAAAAUCCUGAAGGUUGAAUGCAAUUGCUAGUGAAAGCCACAGCUCUGCUCAUGUUUGGCUCUGCUUUUGCACCCAGGCUUAUGGUAUGUGCACACAUGGCACACCAAAAGCU